AUGCCAUCUCACAUGGAACAUGCCAUGAAAAUGAUGAUGUUCACAUUUCACAAAUUUGCUGGUGAUAAAUGCUACUUAACGAAAGAGAACCUGAGGGUUCUUAUGGAAAAGGAGUUCCCUGGAUUUUUGGAAAACCAAAAAGACCCCCUGGCCAUGAACAAAAUAAUGAAGGACCUGAGCCAGUGUCGAGAUGGCACAGUGAGCUUCCAGAAUUUUCUUUUGCUCAUUGCUGGACUCACCAAUUCCUGCAGCGACUAUUUUGUAGUACACAUGAAGCAGAAGGGAAAGAAGUAG